CCCUCUGAGUGCGCACAUGCUCCAUGCGUCAGGGCAAUUUGCAGCACUGUUGAGUUUUGUAGCAGCAUCUUCAUCGGGAAAGCUUACAGCAAACACUUCUUUGGUCACCAUGCGCCUCUGAGAGGGUUUUUCCCCCCGCAGAAAGAGGAAGUAAAGAAGACUGUCCACUUUCUCUUUGGUGUUGGUUCCCGUGUCCAUGAAAAUAUGAUGUUUUCGUCUGCAGGCAAGCGCUGCUUCACGAUAGAGUCUCUGGUCGCCAAGGAGAACCCUCUGACAGCCGAGGAGCCCAUUCGCCCCACGGCUUUAAGUUACUCCAACCCGACGACAGAUGCCUUAAUGAACAGUUACCAGCCUCAGCCGGCCAGGUCUCUGUAUCAGAGCCCAGACCUGGUGUUUCCGGAGACGGUAAACCACCCUUCUCUCACCGUGGCUCCUCACCAGCUCGGAGGCUCCCACCUACAGCAUCCGCACUUCUUCGGGACGCAACACCGAGACCCGCUCAACUUCUACCCGUGGGUCUUACGGAACAGGUUUUUCGGACACAGAUUUCAAGGUAACGAUGUGUCCCAGGACAGCCUGCUCCUCCACGGUCCCUUCGCCAGGAAGCCGAAGCGCAUCCGGACGGCCUUCUCCCCGUCCCAGCUCCUGCGCCUGGAAAGAGCCUUCGAGAAGAACCACUACGUGGUCGGAGCCGAGAGGAAGCAGCUGGCCAACAGCUUGAGUUUAUCUGAAACACAGGUGAAGGUGUGGUUCCAGAACAGGAGGACCAAGUACAAGCGGCAGAAGCUGGAGGAGGAGGGACCAGAGAGCCAGCAGAAGAAGAAGGGAAACCACCACAUCAACAGAUGGCGCAUCGCCACCAAGCAGUCCAGCUCCGAGGACAUAGACGUGACCUCAGAGGACUAAAACCCUGCGCUCCCCGUCCCCCAGUCCACCCCCACCCACCCCCCAAACUCCCCGCGUCCCCUUCUGACGCACCAGAGGACCAACACUAUUUAUUAUGUAAUAUUAUUAAGUGUAAUUAGACACAUUAGAGGAGGACUCCAGGACUAAACAUGUGACCACGUCUCUUCAUCAAGGUGCUAAAUUUACUCAGAGACACUGAAAAAAAAUAAAUAAAUGAAACAUAUUUAAUGGCAUCGAUCCUGAAUGUCUGAGGACGAGGACAGACAUCAUCAGUUCAUGAUCUUUAGUGACGCCAAAGAUGAAGAGAAAUCACGUCAGCCUCCGUCAUAGUGUUUGUUUUUUUUUAAUUUGUACAUAAACCAGUGCUAAACUUUUUUUUUUUUUUGAAAAGAGGCUAUUUGUUUCAUUAAAGCUGUUUUUCUUUUGUUUUUUUACCACAUGCUUAGGUCAUUAACACCUCCCCGCUCACCCCAACCACUGCGCCACCUGUGCACCAUGUUAAUUUAAAUUUCUCCUCAACGACGAGGACGUGUUGACACACACACCGUUAAUCCACCCAGUGAGCUGGAGAACACGCUGGUGACCGGCCAGACCAACAACACAGGAAAUUAAUUAUGUGUCAAACAAGAUCACGACUCGCCACCGUCUCUGCACGACUCUUAUUUUUUUUUUAUUUCCUACUCUCGCGGCUCCAGAGCCGAUCCCUCCGAGCUUUGUUCUGAUUCGCGGCCAGCUGUGCAUGACUGUGGGACAGAUGAGAAGCUGCAGAGACCUCUGGCGUCAGGGGCGAAUUGAGCCACAUAAUAAAAGCGAGUUCGCAGCUUUGUGCUUCUUCCACCGGGCCACAUUCAGUCAGUGUGGGAGUGAAGGAUCUCCGUUUGUUGAAUGUCCGCAGGUGUCAUUAAAAGCGCUGUGUGUAGUAUAAAACAUAUAUGAGAACAUACUUUUCAAGCGGAACCUGUAAUUACAAAAAAAAAAAAGAAAAAAGAAAAAAAAAGAUGUUUUAGAAAUAAAAGUAAAAACUAUUUCUCGGAGUGCAAAUACCAAUGUUUGUGUGUAAUCCAGGUGCACAGCAAGUGAAUUCUUCUGCUCCAGAGUCUGAAGGAUUUUUAUUCCAAAGCAGCUGCAGAAUGUCACUCAUUAGCUGCAGAUCUCCAGCUGAAGGUUCAUGUGCAAAUCAGUGUGAAACCUGCUGCUCCACUACCUGAUUAAAGUGAAAACCUGCAGACGCUCAGGCCUCAGUGGCACAAAGAGAAGAGAGGAAGCAAAAAGGUUCAGGUUGUUUUUACAAAAAGGUGAAGAUUAAAAGGGAAACGUGAAGUGAUUGGAAUCAUACAAACAUCGCAGGACAACAUAAACUAUCUAACAGCCCCUAGGAGGCUUCUCUCAGGCUGGAAUGUUGCAGGACAGCUGCACAGGUGUCAGGUGUUUUACCUGUCGGACGCUACUUCUCCUGAAUCCCUGCAGAAGGGGAACCCACAAAUGAUUUCCAUCCAGAUGGUUCCACCUCUGGAACAAAAAAAGAAAAGAAAAAGAAAAGAAAAAGAAGAGGGGGAAAGUAGUUUGUGCAGCAGCCCUUUCACCGAGUAACCAUCCGUCAAAAGAAACGGAAGGAAUCUCCGCCUAAUGACCCCGAGGCUUUAGAGAAGAGCCCCGACGUCUGACCCUGACGUCUUGUUUUGUAAGCGAAGAGGCGGCGAGGCCGAGGAGAAAAGAGGGGACAUGCAAAAAAACAAUGGUAUAGUCUCACCUUUUUUUCACAAAAGCGCACAAUACGUCAGACAUCUGGAGGUGCAGAGAGGCCACAUGUGUUGUUUUGAGUUCCCAGGACAUCCUAUACUCAGCGCAGGUGCAAACACACGGUAAGGGGCAUUCAGCAUUCCUCUCUGUCUAAAUAAACACCGUGACAUGUGAGUUUUUUACCGGUACAGUAGCUCCACGCGGGUCAGAUCGGGCCUGACGCAUCCAGGUAGGUAAAAGGUCAAUUAACGAAAGGCUGCACCUCUUAGUCGUCUGCUAGGAAAACAGAGGGGAAAACAGCGCCUCAUCUCCCUAAACGUUUGCGUCUCCUGUCGCCUGAGUCAGCAGAGAGGAGGGUUCAGGAUGGGAGCAGGAAUCCGCCGUGAAAAACAAGAGGCUCUCCAGAGGAGCGGUGAGAUGGGGGGGGGGCAGCGGAGGUGUCACAAAAACCAAAUCCCCACGACCGCUUUAAUCACGGUUACUUGAUUACUGCCUCCUUAACCAUCUCCUCGGCUCACACUGCAAAUUACAUGUUUCAUAGCUGCUUAUAAAAAAAAAUUCCACGUUGAGUGGCAAACCCCGCAGUGCAGCCGUAAACACGCUGAAUUACAAAUCACACUAAUCACCAGGAAGAAGGAAUUAUGUCCUGCUCAAUAUGCACCGUUACUGUUAUUUACACUUUUGCAGCGCAGUAAAAAUCACUUUGAAAUGUCUCGCACACACACACACACACACACACAAAGCAAAUAAGACUUUUUUUUUUUUUUUUUUAAAUAAAUCACCCAAAGCAAUCAUCAAUAUUUAAACGCUGAAAACGUAAAAGCCGAUGUCGAUACGUGUGAAAUCCUCGGAGCAGAACCAGAGUGUGGUGUGAAUACCUGAGUUAAAAACAACAGUUCAGCCGAGCGCGUUUCUGCGGCGUGAUUAAUGAACGGGGUCUUGUUUUUAUUUGUCUCACCCUUGGUUGUGUGCCAUAACUCACACCCAGCAUCCUCCACUGAUUCCUGCAUGUGGCUUCUUGUCGGAUUGCGCCGCGGUGCAGCCUACUGUGCCGCGUUUCCCUGGCAACCGCGCAAACACACUAAUGGCGCAGAUCUCGACAAGAGAUAAGACUUUAAGACAGGACAUUUGUAAGCAUCAAGCGACAAUGCGCGCACACACACACACAGACUUUUAAAAGAGGAAAAACAAAAUAGCAACCAAUCAGUAAUAAUAACAAUAAUAAUAAACCUUCAGGUUAAUACUUUUAAAUAACUGUUAGCAGCUGCUAAUUUUAAUAUUACAUAUUACAAAAAAUAGUUUAUACAGAAGAGGAAAAAAUGGUGCCAAAAAUACAGUGAUUUGCCUUUUAAUUGAUUAUAAUUUAUUCACCAUCCACUUUUCUGGUUAAUAAUUGUCCUUUGACUGGAGGAUUUUAAAACUUUUACACAGUUCACGGUCGAGUAUAAAUCUUUCAAACAUUGUUUCAGUUUUGAUAUUUAACUUCUUUCAUUGUGUGAAAGAUAUUAGGAGCAAUUUAAGCACCUGCCAUUAGUUAAUUUGCAUAAAUAAUGAACAGAAACUCUAAUCUUUUGUUCCGUUUUUUGUAAUAUUGUAGCUUUGUGCUCCAGAAUUUAAAGUCAUUCUCUGAGUGAAGUGAUCACAGCUACAGUCACGUAUUCUAUGGCUUCGUAUCAUUAAAUGGUUUCAUUUUAUCACAGUGUUUACAGCUUCACUCCUUUAGACGCCUAUUUACAACCAUGAUUAUGUCACUAAACUUCUAUUAAAUUCUGUUUAUUACAGAAAAAGUGCGGCUCAGAAAUAAAGCAGCCAACUUAAUUACCGAUUGUCACCUUCCCUCAGCGAAUCUUUGAUUCUUUCAGCGACUUGGCAUCGUCUCCGCUCUAACAGUGAUGAUCCUCUCUGAGGUGUUGUGAUUCAUAUUUUCCUGUCACUGUUACUCUCUUGUUUAACAAUCAUUAUUCCUGCACUAACAACAUGCAUCCUCGAUAUCAACUGCAGUAAACACAAAAUCCCUCGCCGGCUGCUGCAGCCAAAUU